GGUAUGGAGGGAGUAUUACUUACAGUCCAGAAGACUUUACACUGGUAAAUCUUCCCACCAAAAUUCCUCUUUUUACUGUUUCUCCACUCUCUGCAAUGGCGAUCAAACAAAAAUCCAGAAAUUCAACUUUGAAAAACUGGUUUUCUCUUUUUCAUCGACAGCAAUGACAAAGAAGUUUAAUAAAGCUCCAAUGGCGUUAGACCUAGAUUCGUUUUUACAAUUACAAAGUAGCGGUGAUGAAGACGAUGAUGAUCUCAACAACAAUAUCAUCCCUCAUCGAACCGUUGAUGAAAUUCUUCUUAACGACUCUGAUUCUGAUGACACCGAUUCUUCAACAAUUUUCAAAUUGUCUGAUAAUCUAAUCGAUUCAAACAAUUUUCACUCGAAGCAAUCAUAUGAAGAAGUUUCUGCUUCAUCAUCUUCCGUAAGUGGUAGUUUUGAAACCCUAAUUUCAAAUACAUUUGAUGAAAUUUCUGUUAUAAGAUCAUCUCUUGGUAAUUCUGGUGGAUCAUUAAAACUAGAUGGAAAGAAUACUGUCAGCAAUUCAUUCAUUAGUAGGAGAAAUUCAGGGAAUUCUUUGUUGUUAGGGCGGGAUUUAUCACGACCUUUACCUCCUUUGUUUGGUAGUGUUAAACCCAACCCUAAACCGGGAGCAGCACUUGCUGCUGCUACUGCAGCGUCUCGUUUGAUUCCUACUCCUCAUGCUGCUGCUAUUAAGUCUCGCAGAGAGAAAUCUCUUCGAGCUGAAGAACAUAGUUCUUUGAUUAGUGAUUUGGAGAUUCAGUCAGGUAAUGGUGUAUAUUUAGAAGGAUUAACAUCUUCAGAAGCCGUUGGAUCUGGAACUAAUCAAAUCGAUGGAGAAUCAGGAGAAGAUGGGAUAGUUGGCCAUUUGUCGUCCUCCUCUUCAGUGGAACCGGUAGUGGAAGCAUGUUUCAGUGAAAAUGCUUCAGGAGGAGAGGUUUCACCUGAGAAAAGUCCAGUUAAAAAGGUUAUAGAAGGAGAAUCAACAAUUUCUGAAGUCGGUAAAAUUGGGUCAGGUCUUAAGGGUUUAAAUUCUUGUGGUACUACUACUGAAUACACAGAAGCAAGGGUGGAUUCUUCUUGUGUGGCAGAGAGUAGUUCGAAUUCGAAUGAUAAUUCUGUAGUUUUAGAUUCUGUUCAUGUUGUUGAAGCGCAUAUUCGUGCUGAUAUUGAGAGUCCAUCUGAUGGAAAAAUGGAUGAGAGACCUACAUUUUCUCCACCUGAUUCUGCUGAAAAUGAGCAUGAAGAGGUUCACAAUAUGGGUGAGGAAGUAAAGUCGCAGCCAUUGAAGAGUACCAAGUCAAAGGAUUAUACUGGUCAUAGUGCUGAAGAUGGAGAAGAAAAUCUUUCUGUAGAUGGAAGUAAUGCAAACAAUGGUGUUAGUGAGCUCGUUAAUGAUAGUGUAUUUGGAUCGGAGUGUAAGACAGUGAAAACAUCACGCUCUCCUUUGAAGCCUCUCGAAUUAGCUGAAGAAAUUGAGAAAAAGCAUGCCUUUUCUGGUUUGGAUUGGGAAGAGGGUGUGGCAGCACAGCCGAUGAGGCUUGAGGGUAUUCGGAGGGGCCCCCCUGCAGUUGGGUACUUGCAGAUUGAUCUGGAUAAUAUGAUUACACGAAAAGUAUCAUCUCAAGCAUUCAGGAGCGACCACGGGUCUCCUCAUUCAGUAGCAGUUCAUGCAAAUUUUAUUGCCGUGGGAAUGUCAAAAGGGCUUAUACUUGUGGCACCAAGUAAAUAUUCUCCUUAUCAUGCUGACCGUAUGGAUCCCAAGAUGUUGUAUCUUGGUCCUCAAGCUGACAAAUCUCAGUCGCAAGUUACUUCGAUGUGCUUCAAUCAUCAAGGUGAUCUGCUUUUAGCAGGAUAUGGUGAUGGUCAUAUAAUAUUUUGGGAUGUGCAGAAGGCACAAGUGGUAAAACUUAUCUCUGGGGAACAUACAUCACCAGUGGUGCACACUCUGUUUCUAGGUCAGGAUUCUCAAGCUACACGCAAUUUUAAAGUCGUUACUGGUGACUGUAAAGGGCGUGUCCUUUUACAUGUAAUUUCAGUGGUUCCAAUGUUUUACCGGUUUACCAUUGAAACAAAGUGCCUUCUUGAUGGUCAAAGAACAGGGACUGUGCUGUCUACUUCCCCUCUUCUAGUUGAUGUCUCUGAGGGUGCUUUAUCAUCCGCCUUCAAAAAUGCUACAGCUUCCACAAGUGGUAUAGGUAGCAUGAUGGGUGGUGUAGUUGGAUCUAAGGCAGGUUGGAAGCUCUUCAGUGACAGUGAAGCAUCUUCAUUGGCCGAACAAGGUGUGGUCAUAUUUGCUACCCAUCAAAAUGCUCUGGUGGUAAGGCUCACCUCCAACUUGGAAGUCUAUGCUCAACUCCCAAAGCCGGAUGGAGUCCGAGAAGGUUCCAUGCCUUAUACUGCAUGGAAAUGUACGUUGCAGGCACAAGAUUCAUCUGCAGAGAAUACGUCUAGCGAGCCAUCAGACAGAGCUUCACUGCUUGCUAUAGCAUGGGAUCGCAAAGUCCAAGUUGCAAAGUUGGUUAAAAAAGAGCUGAAAGUAUACAGGGAAUGGACCCUUGAUAAUACGGCAAUAGGUGUGGCAUGGUUGGACGACCAGAUAUUGGUGGUCUUGACCCUGAAAGGCCAUCUCUGUCUAUUUGCGAAGGAAGGAAUGGAGCUUCAUCGUUCGAGCUUUUCUGUAGAUGGUUCUGUAGUAGACAACCUCAUUACUUAUCAAACUUAUUUAACUAAUAUUUUUGGGAAUCCUGAGAAGACUUAUCACAAUUGUGUUGCUGUAAGAGGAGCUACUAUAUAUGUGAUUGGGUCUAUGCAGCUUAUAAUUUCUCGUCUUCUUCCCUGGAAGGAGCGUAUUCAGGUUUUGCAAAUGGCAGGUGACUGGAUGGGUGCACUAGAAAUGGCAAUGAGACUCUAUGAUGGUCAAGCACAUGGUGUUAUUGAUCUUCCUAGAACUGUUGAUGCCAUACGGGAGGCUGUACUGCCAUAUUUGGUGGAAUUGGUUUUAUCGUAUGUAGAUGAAUCAUUUUCCUAUAUUUCAGUGGCAUUUAACAACCAAGUAGGAAAGGCUGAACAAGUUGAUGAUGCAAAGAGUAGUAGUAUUUCCAUGCAGUCAGAGAUGCAAGAGCAGUUUGCAAGGGUCGGUGGUGUUGCUGUAGAAUUUUGUGUCCACAUCAAGAGAGUCGAUAUCCUUUUUGACAAAAUUUUCUCCAAGUUUGUGGCUGUACAACAUGGAGGAACAUUCUUGGAGCUUUUAGAGCCAUAUAUAUUGAAAGAUAUGCUCGGAUGUUUACCUCCAGAGAUUAUGCAAGCACUGGUUGAACAUUACAGCAGCAAAGGAUGGUUGCAACGUGUUGAACAGUGUGUUCUUCACAUGGACAUUUCAUCAUUGGAUUUCAAUCAGGUAGUAAGGUUAUGCCGAGAACAUGGACUAUAUGGAGCUCUUAUUUAUCUGUUCAACCGAGGAUUAGAUGAUUACGAAGCACCUCUUGAGGAACUUUUGCUUGUUGUACAGAGUAGCAAAAGAGAAAAUGCACUUGCCAUUGGGUACAGGAUGCUUGUAUAUCUAAAAUAUUGCUUCACAGGUCUUUCCUUUCCUCCAGGACACGGCACCAUAUCUCCCACCAGAUUGCUUUCGGUUAGAACAGAGCUUGUAUCCUUUCUUCUAGAAGACUCAAAAGCUACGGUUUCAGAGCUUGCAGCAGGCUGCAAAUCUUCCAGUGGAGCUUGCCCAAACCUGUAUCAUCUCUUGUGGUUGGAUACUGAAGCAACAUUGGAAGUUCUGAGAUUUGCUUUCUUGGAAAUUCCUAAAUCUGACCUUGAUUCGACUAAUCCAGAUAUGGAGGAUAAUGAAGAGAAUAGUGAGAAGAGCAACGAAAAUCAGAAUUUGAUGGUACAACAUACAAUAAACUCUCUUGCAAAUAUUCUUGAUGUAAAAAUCUCAGAAGUCGAUGGUUCGUGCGUGGAUGGUACUGGUUCCCUAAGAAUAUGGCCUUCGAAAGAAGACAUUUGUCAUCUGCUUGAAUUUAUUUCCUACUUCAUUAUAUGGGAAAGAGCUACAGUUUCAAAGGCCGUAUUAAGUCAUGUAUUGGAGUACUUGAUUUCAGAAACUACUUUGUCCCCUUGCAAUGUGAAAACCGAAAAUUCUAAGAGUAGAGAGAAGCACGUGCUUGCCGUUUUAGGAGCAGUUUCUGAAACAGACUGGGAGUCAUCUUAUGUAUUGCAUCUGAGCGAAAUGGCCCAAUUUUACCAGGUUUGUGGCUUUGUAUAUGCUAGUAGAGGUCAGCAUAUUGCUGCUUUGGAUGCCUAUAUGAAAGAUCUGGAGGAGCCCCUUCAUGCGUUUUCUUUUAUCAACAUGUUACUAGAAAGAGAUAAUGAGUCAGCAACUUUUCGUUCUGCUGUCCUUUCCCGAAUCUCUGAGCUAGUUAUCUUAAGCAGGGAGGGAGCAUUCUUUUUGGUCGUUGACCAUUUCAGUAGAGAAAGUGAACGUAUCCUAUCUGAACUCCGCCCUCAUUCAGAAAGCCUUUUUCUAUAUCUAAAGACAACCAUUGAAGCUCACCUGUCGGGGAAACUUGAUUUUUCUUUUUUGGAAAAGGGUUAUAUUCUGGACGUGGCAUGUGGAAGAAUAGGGAAAGAGCAAAUGGUGGAGGCUUAUUUGAAAAAAAUCUCUGAUCUCCCAAAGAUUCUACAACAUAAUCCAGUCAGUAUAACUGACGAUUUAGUAGAACUUUAUCUCGAGCUUAUGUGCAAGUACGAACGGAUAUCUGUUCUUAAGUUUUUGGAGACAUUUGAAAGUUAUAGGCUGGAGCAGUGUUUGCGUUUAUGUCAAGAGUACGGGGUCAUUGACGCAGCUGCUUUCUUAUUAGAAAGAGUUGGUGAUGUUGGAAGUGCUUUGCUACUUACUCUUUCGGGGCUCAAAGACAAAUUUGAAAAUCUCGGAAUUGCUGUGGAAAGUAUAAUUUCUGACCGUUCAUCAAGUAGCCUCCCUGAGAUGGAGCAUCUAAACUUUGUUAUGAGGAUGGAAGAGGUAAAAUCUAUACUUGAUAUCCUGCAUGCCUCGAUCGGCUUAUGCCAGCGUAAUACCCUACGCUUAGAUCCCGAGGAGUCAGAGUCCCUAUGGUUUGAGUCGCUUGACUGGUUUUGUGACCCUUUAAAAGAUUCUUAUGAUAAUAAAAUGAUAUCCAAAGCAAAUCUUGUUGGCAAUGGAGAAUUCCUGUUUGGUUUUCAAGAGGACAAGGAAGCAUUGGUGGAGAAAUGGAGGAUAUUGAAAUCUCACAGAGGUACUCAUAUUCUCAAAAAAGUUUUUGCUCAGUUCAUCAGGGAGGUUGUUGAUGGAAUGAUCGGAUAUGUACACCUUCCGUCAAUCAUGGCUAAGCUCCUGGCGGAUAAUGGCAGCCAGGAGUUUGGCGAUUAUAAACUCACCGUAUCGGGAUUGCUGGGAACCUAUGGAUUUGAGAGACGAAUUCUGGACACUGCCAAAUCAUUGAUCGAGGAUGAUACGUUUUAUACAAUGAGCUUACUCAAGAAGGGAGCUUCUCACGGUUAUUCACCACAGAAUCCACUUUGCUGUAUUUGCAAUUCCUCCCUUACCAAAAGAUAUUCGGCCUCUGGUAUUCGAGUAUUUAGUUGUGGACAUGCAACUCAUCUCCAGUGUGAAUUUCAAGAAAAUGAAGUAUCAAAUCGUUACUCAGUGGGAUGCCCUAUUUGUAUCCCGAAGAAGAAGGCUGGACGAGCUAGAAGCAAGUCAAUACUUACAACUGGAUUAGUGAAGAAUUCUUCACCAAAAUCUCAGAGAACCCAAGGGAACACUUCUGUUCAUCACACUAAUGAAUUUGACGCUGAACCUUAUGGACUUCAUCAGAUCUCACGGUUUGAGAUCUUGAAUAGUCUUCAGAAAGCUCAAAAAAGUUUUCAAAUAGAAAAUGUGCCCCAGUUGAGGCUUGCACCUCCUGUGGUAUAUCAUGAGAAGGUAAAGAAAGGAAUGGCUAUUUCUCUUGGGGAAUCAAGUACACCGGAAAAAGCUGCAAAAAUAAAUAAAAACAGGAAGCCAAGGGAUCUGAAAAAGAAGGGUUCAUCAUCAGCAACACAUAGAUUUUUCCCUUAAAAUCUAGUAUUUUUGGUAAUGAGCAGACUAGAAAGCUUUAACAAUUGCUGUAGACCAGCUUUACUGACAGGUUCAGCCAGGAUUUUGGGAGGAAAAUGUUUGUGUUCUCUGGCUUAUUUCUUAUGUGUUUUGUAUAGAUGUGAGUUUUUGUGUUUGUUUUUCCUUGUCAAUAUAAACAAUUUUGUAAUUACCAUCAGCAAUUGUAAACAACUAUUAGCACAGUACACACCGCACAGAUAGUUAUACGACCAACGUAAGAAUGCUAACAGAUAGUUGUAACUUGUCUAAUAGUCCAUUCAGCAAUUUAUUUCAUCCUUUAUCUUAUCUGUUUA